AAAACGACCAAGGGUGCAGAAGCUAUGAUUUACAACAACAAUACACACACACACACACAGUCACACACAUGCACGCGCGCGCAUUCAUAUCCAUCUCAGGAAACUGCGAGCCCGCUUUCUUCCUCCUCUGCGACGGAGUGCAAUCACGGUGCUGUAAUGUCCUUCCCUCUUCCUCCUCCUGGAGUCUUCUCUCCUUGUCAGGGUGAUGUCGAGUCCCAAGAAUGGGGAAACACCUUCCAAGGAGAAAACACGCAUGCACUUUGACAACACACACACACACGCACACACACAGCUCCUGACUAAGGGUGAGAAAACCGCACAUGUUGCUUGGACUUGGAAGUUUUAAAGUCUUCAGGAAUCCCGCCAACGUCAGAAGGUCCAGGUGAAUGCAGCAGGAGUUCCAUCGCUGUGGUUCUUUAAAAAAGGCAAACACCCUACAAAGAGGCCCUUCAGAGGUUUUCAAGUCACCUGACCCAACAUGGGAUGAACUCCUGAUUCAGCGCCUGAAGCUGUGGCACCCGUGUAUCCUGACUACGAGCGCCACCAGACCGGCGACCUCUAACCUGGGGAGGGGAGGGGCUGAGGGGGGGCGCCGCGGUGUGACAACAUGCGCUGCACCACCCUCUUGGCCCUGCUGCUGGGGGUGGUGCUGUACCUCUGCAUGGGCGCGCUGGUCUUCCAGAAUCUGGAGGCUUCCGAGGAGAGCGUCAAGUUCCAGGAGCUGCUGGAGGCCAAGAACAACUUCCUGAAUAAUCACUCCUGUGUGAGCGAGCGGGAAUUCUACAAGCUUGUGAAGGGGGUCACGUCUGCCGUGGAAGCAGGCUUGGAGGUGAGCAGCAUCUCCACCAACUUCACCAGCCGCUGGGAUGUGGCCUCCGCCUUCUUCUUCUGCGGCGCCAUCAUUACCACCAUAGGUUUUGGCAACCUGUCCCCUCGGACCUGGUACGGACAGCUGUUCUGCCUCUGCUACGCCCUGGUGGGCAUCCCCAUGUUUGGCAUCCUGCUGGCUGGAGUGGGCGACCACAUGGGCACCGUGCUGCGGAGGGCCGUGGCCAAGAUUGAGACCCUCUUCCUGAAACGUAAAGUGCGGCCCACCACCGUGCGAGUCAGCUCUGCCGUGCUCUCCAUCCUGGUCGGCUGCCUCAUCUUCCUCGCCGUGCCCACCGUGGUCUUCCAGGAGUCUGAGGACUGGUCCUUCCUGGAGUCGCUCUACUUUGUGGUCAUCACGCUCACCACCGUGGGAUUUGGAGACUUCGUGCCAGAUGGGAGUCAUGCGGGCGGGCUCUUCUUCAAACCUCUGGUGUGGUUAUGGAUCGUGUUCGGUCUGGCCUACUUUGCCUCCAUCCUCACCAUGAUUGGCAAUUGGCUGCGUGUGCUGUCCAAGAAGACCCGUGCUGAGAUGGAGGAGUUGCGAGCCCACGCCACAGACUGGACCCAGCACAUGUCCAAGGACUUCCGCCUCCCCAACCCGCUGGAGUUCAACGACCCCUUCCUCCUGCAGCGCCGCCGCUGGAAGCGAAGCGAGCGCCGUCGCAUCCGCCGCGGAGCCCAGGGCACGCUGGGAUACCGGCAGAGGGGCGGGGCAGAGAACGGCCACCUCCCCCACCACUGGGCCGGCCUCUCCGGCUCCAUGGGCCGCCUGGAUGUGCUCGGCUCCUCCCUGGAGAGGAAGAUGAUGUCCAAACCUCGGUCGCGGCUCAGCGCUGCCGGAGUGGGAGGCGGGACCAUUCCUCGAGCCAGGCCCGCCGAGCCCGGUUUGCAGCAGCAGGUGGGGAGGCGGUCCUUACCUCACCUGAUGCUGCGGUCCUUCUCUAUGCCCGUCGCUAACUCCGCCUCCGAGCUGGACUCUCCAGAAGCGGCCGGGCGGGGAGGCUCCCUCUCGGGAUCCGAGUCGCCCUUCGACUCCAGGUCUGACAUCUCCUCCGCGUCCUCGUCUUUCUCGGAUCUCCGCGGGUUCCGGGCCCGCCGUGCGGCGUGCGACGUUGAAGGAGGCGGAGCCUCCUCGCAAGACAAGGCCAAGGAAGAAAAACAUUCCUCCCUCGCUCCUCUUCCUGCUCACCGUCCCAACAUAGUCCUCAACGAGGAGCCCUCAGGUGCCUGUCAGCUGCUGGACUUCUUCGGGGAGAACCUGGCCUACAUCGACGAGUCCUCGGACACAUUAAGCGAGCACGCCCUGCCGGCCGAGGAGAGGAGGAGACGAGCACGUAAGCCCAAGCAGAGGAGCGUGAGGAGGAAGUUGUCGCAGAGGUGGAGCCCCCUUCAGGUGAGGAGGCCCAGCAGCGACAUGCAGCCUCCCUCCAAUCCUCCUACGCCGCCUCCUGACUUGUCUGCGUCAGACCUGAACCACACAGACUCGCCGCCCACACUCUGACACCUGCAGGGACACUUUUUUUUUUUUUUCAACGACUUGUGAAUGUUUUCCAGCUUACACCUCAAGAAGCAGUCAAGUUUGUAGCAUUAUUCAGCUGCACUGUCACAUGACUUAGUUUUUUUUAAUGCUGCCAUUUGAUGGUUAACACGCUUGCCCUCACGGUCAGGAGAUCCUGGUUUGAAUCUCUGUUGGAAUAUCUCCUUGUGUGGGUCUUCUUACUCCCACGGCCCACAAACAUGCAUGUUGUUGUUAAUUGGAGACGCUAAAUUGUUGGUAGGUAAGAAUGCUUGAAUGUGAUGUCUAUUGUGAUUGACAGGCUGCCCAAAUCAGCUGGGAUAGGCUCCAGCUUAUCGGUAUAGAAAAUUAAUAAACAUUGGUUCAGUGUUGCCAGUUUGUGUUAAAAA